CAAAUAAUAAAAGAGAAAUGAGCUUGUUAGUGCUGCUGCAGCUGAGGAGGAGGAUCUGCGUCACGUUAUUGACAGAUCAGUGCCCAUGCAGCAGCCUGCUCUUCUGGAUGAUUCUUUGAAUGCUUUGGGUUAUUGACGUGUCCUUGAUCCCUUAAGAAAAAUGUCGACGUUGAAUUAAAUGGAUUUCGUUUUUAUAGUUGGGGAUGGCGCUCAGUAGGGGGAAGGGCUCGGUGGACAGAAGCUCAUCCAUCAGUACUGAUCUGGAGAAAUGUUCCCUCAGCACACACGCCCGAGCUGACGCCGUUACUGUGGAGAAGCUCGAAAAGGAAAAUGCCAAGCUGAAGACGCAGUAUGAAGAGCUGAGGUGUCAGUAUGUGCAGCUCCUAGAGGAGGCCAAGGAGGAGAAGUUUGAUGAGAGGAGAGUCAACCUGCUCAAGGCUCAGGUCAUGCAGCUGGAAAGACAGGUGAUUUUGCUGUCUGAGGGCUUGAGCUCACAGGUCUGUCGCAGUCAGGAUGUGGAGAGAGCCCUUGAUCCUCUAACGCAAAGAUUAAGAUCGCUGCUGUGCUCAGAGGAUCCUGCUGCGGAUGUGCUGAUCACUCGGACAGAGCUCACACAGCUUAUAGAAAGGUGUGAGGAUAUGACACAGAAGCUGCACAGAAAAAAUAAGGUAACUUUCCCUGAGGAUCUUGCCAUGCCCUGGAUGCUGCGUGGGACUAAACUGAGCAAGCAGCCCACCACCCUGCUGGACCUCUGUUACGGCAAGACGAAUAACCUAAACCUUCAGGAAGUGAGCGCCCUGGAGUCCAAGCUCAGCCAGCUGUUCAAACACCUGCACGGAAUAAGACAGACCCUCAGCCUCGUCCUGGCCCCGCACCAAGAACCUGACAAUCCUGUAGUACACACGGCACCUACCGUCGUCUACGCUCAUCUGCUAAACCAGUCCCACCGCUGCUGCGCUCUCCUGGACCGUUGUUGCCUUGACCUCCUGACCCUGUCUCUCAUCGUGCCCUCGGCACCCUGGGCCGCCCCAGAGCAGCGGGUUAUUCACGAGCUGGAGGUGGAGAACAUUCUGGCAGUGCUGCCAGCUUUUCCCAGAGGAGCACCCCUCCAACGUGCAAGACGUGCCGCCCAGGCCCUGAGCCGAGCCGCCAAUUACUCUGUACUGAUGGCCCAACAGCAGGUGGAAGCGCUCGAGGCUGAGUUGGACUUCCAUAGAAGCUUGUACAGCCUGCAGGUCCGGACCAUUGAGGAGCUUGUCCAGGGAAUCCGACAGGCUUAUCACGCCUUCCAGGAAAACAUCUCUCAGAGUCUGUGUGUUCCACUGCAAGAUGUCCUUUCAUGUUACGAGGAUCUGAGGAGCACAGCGUCAGAGGCUGCACUUCACCGCUUCCUGUCAGCUUUUAAGAGCAACUUGGCGCAGAUAGUAGAAGCGGUGGAUGCCUUCGGCCCUUCAAAGAGAGAAGCUGGUGAUCCUACGGGUGUUAAGCUUUUGAAUGAUGACCUCGAAAAUUCCCACAGUUAUUCCAGUAUUGUGAUUUGUGCCAAAGGAGAUGAAGCCCUAAUGCAGUAUGGCCAUGAUUUUCUGCAUGCUGUGGAAGAGCUCCUGAAAGAGUGCACAGAGAAGAGGGAGAAAGCAGCAAAUCAGCUGCACUCUCUCCAGCAGGAGCAGCAGCAGGCCGUUCAGACCCUUCACAUCCUGCGAGCCCAGAGGAAGGAAGUGAGCACAGAAAAAACUCAGCUUCAAUCUGGGUGUGCUGUGAACGCUCAGUGUGAGAGUGCUGCUGCUCAGGCUGGAAGUGCUGGAAAACCCACAGCUGCACCUCAACAGCCGUCCGCCAUGCCGGUCGAGCGGAGACACAGAGCGAUCCGAAGAGCUGUGUCAGUCUGUGUCUCCCGAAACAGCUCGUCUCAGGAAAGGGGGGUCAACCAGAGGCCGGGCUGGGAGGAGGACGGGCUAAAGAGGAGGGGUUCUUUCAGAAGCAAGAGGGCAGCAGAAAGACCUGAGUGGCAGACCUAGACAUGUUGAGCGAAAGAAAUCCUACUGUCAUGUUAGCUCUCAAGUAGUGAGAUAGGAAAGGAGGGAGUUUCGCUAAAUGCUUAUUAGGCUGCACAGGCCUGGUGGAAAUGAAAGCAUUUCAAUGUCAAGCAAAUGUCCAUGUCUAUUUCUUUCAGUUUUCAGGGCCGGGGUGAGAGGACGUCAAGCCGAGGGGUCUUACAGGAUUACACAGUAACACUCAGUUUUUAUUCCUGUCCUUCAAAAAGCUAUCAAGGCAGGUGUGCCCAACCAGGCAUACUCUUCUUAUAAAACCUAUUUCUAUGUGUUGCCUUUGUUUGAAUAGCUAGCAUUCACUCUCUGUUUACUUAAGCAGUCUUUUUUUUUUUUUUUUUUGUAGGGAACUCUAAAGACAACAUGAAACCAAACCUACCUUGUUAGUUCAUGUCCCUGAUCAGUAUCAGCCACUUUAAAUGAUAGUAUUCUUGAUUCCUCCAUUAAAAUGCAACCGUGUCUUAGUCCUCAAAAAGAAAUUUCAGGUUUUUGACUACAUCAAAUAAACAAAACCAUAGCAAGUAAAA